CUGGCAGCAGAGUGGGGCAGCUGAGGGGAGAGAGGCGCCUGGGGAGUGGAGCGGGAAGCAGAGAGCGGUCCACUCAGAGCCCAAGUAAGAAGGAUUUAUCUGGCUCGGCUCUAUGGGACCAGGGGUUGCAGUGGAGCCACCAUGGGCAACCCCAUCUUAGAAAGACUGGCCAGGGAGAGGGUAUAGACCACCCAGCCAUGGCCCUGUCUCCCACACUCCAGAGGAAUCUGGUGUGGGGUGCGAGGGACAGACAGGAGGCCUGGUGGGGAUCCCCCUACACCCACCUCAUGUUUGUGGCAGGAGCCGGAGCCUCCCUGAAACCUGUCAGCCAUGGGGGAGAUGGAGCAGCUGCGGCAGGAGGCAGAACAGCUCAAGAAGCAGAUUGCAGAUGCCAGGAAGGCCUAUGCUGACAUGACCCUGACAGAGCUGGUGUCUGGCCUGGAGGUGGUGGGACGGGUCCAGAUGCGGACACGGCGGACACUGCGGGGGCACCUGGCCAAGAUCUAUGCCAUGCACUGGGCCACCGACUCCAAGCUGCUGGUAAGUGCCUCGCAGGACGGGAAGCUGAUCGUGUGGGACACCUAUACUACUAACAAGGUGCACGCCAUCCCCCUGCGCUCCUCCUGGGUCAUGACCUGUGCCUAUGCUCCGUCGGGGAACUUUGUGGCAUGUGGCGGACUGGACAACAUGUGCUCCAUCUACAACCUCAAAUCCCGUGAGGGCAAUGUCAAGGUCAGCCGCGAGUUGUCUGCCCACACAGGUUAUCUCUCCUGCUGCCGCUUCCUGGAUGACAACAACAUUGUGACCAGCUCAGGGGACACCACGUGUGCCCUGUGGGACAUUGAAACCGGGCAGCAGAAGACUGUGUUUGUAGGACACACAGGGGACUGCAUGAGCCUGGCUGUUUCUCCCGACUUCAAGCUCUUCAUCUCAGGGGCUUGUGACGCUAGUGCCAAGCUUUGGGACGUGAGGGAGGGGACCUGCCGUCAGACCUUCACAGGCCACGAGUCAGACAUCAACGCCAUUUGUUUCUUCCCCAAUGGAGAGGCCAUCUGCACAGGCUCAGAUGAUGCUUCCUGCCGCCUGUUUGACCUGCGGGCCGACCAGGAGCUGACAGUCUACUCCCAUGAGAGCAUCAUAUGUGGCAUCACUUCUGUGGCCUUCUCCCUUAGUGGACGUCUGCUCUUCGCAGGCUACGAUGACUUCAACUGCAAUGUGUGGGACUCCAUGAAGUGUGAGCGUGUGGGUAUCCUCUCUGGCCACGACAACAGGGUCAGCUGCCUGGGCGUCACAGCUGAUGGGAUGGCUGUGGCCACUGGUUCCUGGGAUAGCUUCCUCAAAAUCUGGAACUAAGGAGGCUAGAGGAGAAGUAAAAGGCCGUGAAGACAUUCAGCUGCCUCCUUCCUUGCCCAAUUUUUUUUUUCUUUUUUUUGCUCCCCCUUUAAGGCUUUCUCUUUUAGAUCUCAGCUGCUAGCCCCACCAAGCUUUCUCCAUUGAGGGCGAUGGGGACUAUGGGUUGUUGCCACAGGGAGGCAAAAUCAGGGACAUGGGCAGGACUGCCCCAUCUCCUCCCACGGUUACCCCUACCUGUGGUCUUGAUAGCUUCCCUCUCUUUAGCUCCAUAGACUUGAGUCAGGGGCUCUAAGCCCUACAGCUCCUCCCUGAGAGGCAUGACCUUUGUCCAGAUCCAUGUGGCACAGGGGGCUCCGUCCUGGCACUAUGGCCUAGGCACCGCUAGGGUCCUUAGUCAUUUUUCCCACUUUCUAUCCUUCUUUCCGAAAACCCCUGCAAUAAAGCGUA